AUGGAGCUGAGACCUGAUGCUAGCCACAAGGAGAAUGUGCCCCCCAGGCCCGCAGUGCCCCUGAGGCCAGAGCAGCGGAGAUUCCUGAAGAGCCGAGAUGUUGGCCGGGGCAGUGACCAUGGCCGGUGGGUGCGCGCGAGCCAGGCCCAGAGGGGAGGGCCUGCCAUCACCCCCUCCCCGGGGGCCGUGCUGUGUCAGGAGCCUUGCCGAGUCCAGACCAACCUGGCUGGACAAUGGAGCCCCGGCCUGAGCCCCGUCCCGAAGGGCACAGCUGGCCAGUUGAUGAAUGCAAGCUUGCAACAGCAGAGUAACCUGCAGCCCCCCACCGGCACGCCCCGGGGAAGGACAAGAGAGUUCGCCAUCCAGCAGAGUAACCUGACCAUGAGGGGGACCAGCUCGGCUCAGGGCAGAAGUCCCAUCAGCCACCGCCUCUGGCCCCACCUGACCCCUCAGGGAAGGCCUCGCCCCCGAGGAUCCCUGGCUUGCCCAUGGUCCAGCCUGAGACGGUCCCAGCUGCUGGCCACAGACACCUCCGGCCCAGAUGUCCAGCCUGACGCAGGCUUUGGUCCUUUCAGUGGGCACACACGGCCAGGCUCCAGACCCUGGUGUGGCCUGGGGAGCUGGCCCUCUAGGCUCAGAGGGAAACCCCUCACCCUGGAAGACCUGACCGUCCCUGUCCAGAACCAGGUUUGGACCCCAUCCCAAAUCGCCGUCCUCCAGCUGCUGGCCUCCGUGCGACACCUGGAGCGCGCAGUCAACCGUCUCAGGUGCCAGGUGUGCCAGGAACCCAGCAAUGGCCAGGUAAUCCCCGCCCACCCCCCGCCCAGCCAACCUGUGCUUCCUAGGAUGGGAGGAAGGAGCACCUACCUACCAGGUCUCGGGGAAACUGCGCAUUUCCCAGAGACACAGGGGACCCAGGCUGCCCUCUCAGACUCUCGGGCAAGCAGGAAGCCUGCGUCCCUAGAGACCACGCUGGGGAUCCUGACUGGGGAUUUCCUUGACUCUAAGCAGGGCGUCUUUCAGGCCAAGCCCCUGAGGCAAGGAGAGAACUUCUCCCCGGGGCCAACAUACGGCAGCGGGCAGAGGGGAAUGCCCCGGCUCCCUCGAGGUGCGGGCAGCAAGGAGGCCAGACUCUGCUCUUCAGCCGGCUCCGGGACUCCCUGGGGUGUCCCACCCAGGCGGGAAGGAGGAGAGGUGACUCCGCAGGAGCAGGUCCGCGAGGAGGAAGAGAGGGCGGCUUCUUGUCCGCCGGACGCAGCCCCAGCAAGGAUCAUCGUGCAGGUGGAGGCCAGAGGAGGCUGGGCAUGGGAACUGGGGGACCCCCGGAGGGCUCCUUGCGGGAACUCUCAUGGCCAGUUCGCUGCCACUACCCUGUUGGGCAGCUGGCAGUGGCUCUCCAGAUAUUUCAGAGCGUGGUGGCACUUGGUGCAGAAAUGCCAGGCAGAGGCUGCCGCGGUGGCCCUGGGCCGCCAGCAGCUGCUUCACAGAGGCCUGUGGGCGCUUCGCCGGGCUCCGAGGCUCGGGGAGGCCCAGCUGGAGGUGGCGUGGCGGCGACACACUCAGGCCCUGCUGGCCCAGAGCUUCCAGAAGUGGAGAACCCGGACUCUACAGCAGAAGCAGGGGCAGCCCCACGUCCAGACUGGGCCGGGACCCCCACCCUCUGAAGCAGGACAAGGUCAAGGCCCCUCAGAAAGGAAGCCAGUGGCAGACCCCAUCAGGAGAAGCAGUGGCACAGGGCAGGUGGCUGUCGCUGCCGUCAUUACUACGAGUACUAGCACCUUCUCUUGGCUCCCCAGGUGCUUUGGGGCCUGGCAGAAGUUCAUGCUAAGAGCCGCCCGGUACCGGGACUGCCUGGCCCGCCGCCGGGCAGGGACCCUGAGGUUAUGUCUGCAACAGUGGAUGUGGAUGAAACAGCUCCGGGCCUCAGAUGGAGCGAAGGUGACCCAGCUGUCCCUUUGCCGCCAGAAGGCGGGGAACACGGCCCUCUGCAGCUCGGCGCCCGGAGAGGCCACAGCCCAGGGCCUGGGAGUCCUGGCUCGGGCCCAGGGGCUGCCCCCGGAGCAAGGCAGGGGCUCCCUGCAGGAAGCCUGCAAGAGAUUGGCCCUGCACCGGGUGCUGCUGCUCUGGAGGACACGGCUGUCCCAGCGCCAGAGGGCUGACUCCUUCCUCCAGGACAUGAGGCGGCAGGUGAUUCAGCGUAUCCUGAGGGGGUGGCAUUUGAGGGUGUGGGGUCCAAGCACCCCGUCAGACAGUGCCAGGACCACCUUGGCCCCAGAGCUCCUGGGCAGCAUCCCGGGAGGGGAGCCGCUGCUGGACGGCAGCCCACCCCGAAGCUUACUAGAGAAGGCUUCCAGGACCCCCACCUUCUUGGAGACCCUCCCACUGAGCCUUCUGUGGGCAUCUGGGCAGCGGCAGAGGGCACAGUGCCUUCUGCCCUGGCAGGCGCGGGCUCAGCAGUCCCGGGGUGCAGCGAGGAGGCACCAGUCUACCCUGCAGAGGCGCACCCUCCUCAGCUGGAGCCACUGGGCCACAGCCCAAGGGGCCCAGAGAGAGCUGGCGGUUGCCUGGGCCUGGAACCGGAGCUGCAGGGCCGCGCUGGGCUUGUGGCGGCGGCGGCUGGCGCAGGGGCGAGAGAUGGAGCGGAGUCACGGGCCUGAGCACCGAGUCCUGGUGUCCUCAGAGCCCAGCAUUGGAGGGCAGCAGUCCCUGCAUGCCAGGUACCGGACGUGGGUGCAGGUACAUCUCCGGGCCUUGAGGGGGUCCGUGUUCCAGGACUGGCGGCAGGCGGCAGCUCGUCAGAGACGCCCAGGGCCCUCCCCAGAGCGGCGUCUACUUCACAGCCGUUUCCAGGCCUGGCGUGGAAUCAAAAGAGACACAGGGGUGGUCCCGGCCAUGGGAGCUUCUCAGGAUGGCCCGAGAAAGGCCGUGGGGGCCACAUUUGCCACGUGACAGGAUGCCCGAGCAGCCAAGGCCUGGGUACAGAAGUGGCAUGUGGCCCGGGCCUCCGUGGCCCACUGCAGAAGCUACGUGCCGGGGGGGCCGGGUGCACCGGCAGCCGAGCAGGGCCCGGGCCCAGCAGGCCUUCGUAGCGUGACGAGCGGCUCUGGGCCGGUGCUGCGAGGCCUGCUGGCGGGCAGAAGAGAGAGUGGCCCCGUGCCAGACCCAGCGGGUGGGUGA